UUGACACCCGAGGAAUGCGCUCACUUUAUUGAGCAUGGAUGGCUGAAAGUUGAAAAUGCAAUUAAGCCAGAGUACCUCCAUGGGUGGAUGGAAAAUCUCUGGACUCGGCUCGGUUAUGACCCAGAAGACAAGUCGACUUGGAAAGAGACCUACAUGAAACUUCCACGUCACCGAGAAGUUCCCGUGUCUGAAUUCUGCCCUGAUGCAUGGAACAAGAUUGUUGAAAUUGUGGGUGGCGAAGAAGAGAUUGAUCCUAUUCGCGAGCGUUAUCAUGGUGAUCAAUUCAUUAUAAAUUUUGGCAAUGAGUACUGGAAGACCCACGAAAUUCCUCCAACAGAAGCAACGGGAUGGCACACCGAUAAUGAUUGGUACCGCCAGUUCCUUGAUAGCAGCGGAAAUGCGUUGACAAUCAUUCACUGCUUCACAGAUAUUCCGGAACAGGGCGGUGGCACGCUUAUAGCAGAGGAUGGUAUUCAGGGUGUUUGCCAAUAUCUUUAUGACCACCCCGAAGGUUUCGACUCUCCCUUUGAAGAUGUGUUGUACAAACAUAUACCCAAGUGCCAAAGGUUCUCUCACAUUGUCGCAAAAGCUGGCGAUGUAUUCAUUACUCACGGAUUACUUCCACACACAAAUGGGCAAAACCAUCUCCAUUAUGCACGUGUGAUUACAAAUCCUCAUGUGAAUCUUGUUGAACCAUACAACCUAAAUCGAGGAGAUGGCGACUAUACUUUAUGCGAACAGGUCAUCCUUCGUGCACUAAAUCGAACCUCCAUCCCAGAAUAUAAACCCACUCGUCCGAGGCUGGCUCAUUAUCCUCGCACCGCAUACUUUAAGCGUGCUCGCAUCACUGAGGAACUUCAAAGGCUG